UCCAUCUUCACCUCCAUCCACACCUUCCCCCCACGUUGUCUUCUGUUCACACGUGACAUCACUUCCUGUGCAGAGCUUCCAGAGGUGUUCCUCCUCCAGAAGACGCCAUCCUCUCCAGUCACCUGCAUGGCGACAGGUUUCUACCCCGACUUAGCCGACCUGUUUUGGAGGAAAGACGGCGAGCAGAUCUUCGAGGACGUGGAGCACGGAGAGCUGCUCCCCAACCACGACGGAACCUUCCAGAUGUCGGUGGAGCUGAAAGUGGAGGUGACGGCCGAGGUGGAGGGCAAGUACGAAUGUGUGUUCCAGCUGUCUGGCGUCAAGGAGGACCUGGUCACCAAGCUGGAGAGAAGAAGCAUCCUGAGCAACGCAAGCCAUGAAAGUGAGAAAGACACAUUUAGUUGGAGAUGUUUCCCAUCACAAGUCCACCUGUCACCAUUAUUGAUCCAUGUCACCAUGACAACGCUUGACGUCUGCAUGCAAAGUAGUCAUGAAGGUUUCCUCUUCAUGCUUUGUCACUCCACUUGUGCUUUCUUGCUCUCCACAGACAACUGGAGCGUCGCCCUCGCUGCCACGGCGGCGGUCGUCGCUGUGGCGGCCGUCCUGGCGGCCAUCAUCAUCGCCAUGGUCAGGCGUCACAGAAACAAUGGGAUGGACCUGUAA